GGGAAACAGCGCAGCGGCCGGCCGGAGCUGAGAGCAGGCUCGGCGGACGUCGUCCCAGCGGUGAACUGUUUGUUGUUGUCGUUGUUUUUUUUUUGUCUCCGGACGCAGUCGGGAUGGCAGCGAGCACGGAGGCCCCGGAGCCCUGGUACCUGGCCCUGCUGGGCUUCGCAGAACAUUUCCGCACGUCGAGUCCGCCGAAGAUCCGUCUCUGCGUCCACUGUCUGCAGGCGGUGUUUCAGUUCAAGCCGCCUCCGAGGGUCGAGGCCCGGACUCACCUCCAGCUGGGCUCGGUGCUGUACCGACACACAAAGAACAGCGAGCUGGCCCAGACUCACCUGGAGAAAGCGUGGUUCAUAUCACAGCAAAUCUCACAGUUUGAAGAUGUGAAGUUCGAAGCUGCAAGUAUUCUGUCAGAGUUCUACUGUCAACAGACCUUGGUGGACUCUGCAAAACCGGUGCUCCGGAAGGCCAUCCAGAUUUCUCAGCAAACUCCCUACUGGCACUGCAGACUGCUUUUCCAGCUGGCACAACUACACGCACUAGAGAAAGAUUUAGUAUCUGCCUGUGACCUCUUAGGAAUGGGUGCCGAGUAUGCAAGAGUCAUGGGAUCAGAAUACACGAGAGCUCUGUUCUUGUUAAGUAAAGGAAUGCUGCUGCUGAUGGAGAGGAAGCUGAGCGAAGUGCACCCACUGCUGACGCUGUGUGGGACUAUUGUUGAAAACUGGCAGGGAAACCCCAUUCAGAAGGAGUCUUUGAGAGUUUUCUUCCUGGUGCUGCAGGUUACACACUACCUGGAUGCCGGACAGGUAAAGAGUGUGAAGCCGUGUCUAAAGCAGCUUCAGCAGUGCAUCCAGACCAUCUCCACCCUCCACGAUGAUGAGAUUCUUCCCACUAACCCAGCAGCUCUCUUCCACUGGUUACCCAAGGAGCAUAUGUGUGUGCUCGUGUACCUGGUGACAGUGAUGCACUCCAUGCAGGCGGGCUACUUGGAGAAGGCACAGAAGUACACGGACAAAGCUCUCAUGCAGCUGGAGAAGCUGAAGAUGCUGGACAACAGUCCCAUCCUGUCCACGUUCCAAGUCAUCUUGCUAGAGCAUAUCAUCAUGUGCCGGCUGGUCACUGGACACAAGGCCACAGCCUUACAAGAAAUUUCUCAGGUUUGUCAGCUCUGUCAGCAGUCACCCAGGUUGUUUACAAAUCAUGCUGCCCAGCUUCAUACACUGUUGGGCCUCUACUGUAUCUCAGUAAACUGCAUGGACAACGCUGAGGCGCAGUUCACUGCUGCACUACAGAUGACAACACACCAGGAGCUGUGGACGUUCAUUGUGACAAACUUGGCCAGCGUUUACAUCCGUGAAGGGAACAGACAUCAAGAGCUGUACAGCCUUUUGGAGAGGAUUAACCCCGAUCACAACUUCCCUGUCAGCUCUCAUUGUCUACGAGCUGCAGCGUUUUACAUCAGAGGGCUCCUGUCUUUCUUCCAGGGACGCUAUAACGAGGCCAAAAGAUUUCUAAGGGAGACUUUGAAGAUGUCUAAUGCAGAGGAUCUAAAUCGGCUGACCGCCUGCUCACUAGUCCUACUGGGUCACAUCUUCUUUGUUCUAGGCAACCACAGGGAAAGCAACAAUAUGGUGGUUCCUGCCAUGCAGCUGGCCAGCAAGAUCCCAGACAUGUCUGUGCAGCUCUGGUCCUCUGCUCUUCUCAAAGAUCUGAACAAGGCGUGUGGAAACACCAUGGACGCCCACGAGGCAGCCCAGAUGCAUCAGAACUUUUCCCAGCAGCUCCUGCAGGACCACAUCGCAGCCUGCAGCCUCCCGGAACACAACCUCAUCAGUUGGACAGACGGCCUCCCCCCCGUGCAGUUUCAGCCUCAGAACGGACCUACGACCAGCCUGGCCAGCCUGCUCUGAGAACAAGACGCCACACUGACAGGGAAAAUGAGACACACAAGAGCUGUUGUAGGAAAAUGACACAAGAUUACUGAGAGAGGAAAGAGAGAAGCAGCUGAUAAAAGGGUGAGAAGAAAUCGAGGGUAAUGAAAUUAGACAGAGACGCUGCACUGUGUCAUUUGGCAGGUUUCCAUUCGGUGCAUUCCUUCGCUUAUUUGGGGCACUGGGGCAUCAGGACUGGAUUGUAGGUAACAUAUUCUCCACCACCUCGAAAGAUAAUGAAAAAAUACAGUUAAAUGAGAAAAGUACUACCACUGUUAUACCUGUAUGGUAACUCUGUUCCCUCCGGGGGUUCAGCUAACUUCAUUUAGCACAAAGGCUGGAAACAUAGUGUGGCUGUGUGCGGAGGUAACAAAAUCCACCUAACAGCAGCUCACUAAUGUACUGUUCAUACAAAAACAAAGCAUUUGUAUUGUUCCCAUAUGUUACGCUUUUCCUUUUAAACUGGUCUGACUUAUUCAUUUAGCUCAUCUCUGAACUGUUUUCUGCAAGACCAUCAGGGAGGUGUUUUCCAAAUGUAGAACUUUAAAUAAAAAAAAAAAGCAACUUCUUAACUUUUCAGGUUAAAUUACUGUUAAAUUGAAACCAUCGGCUGGACAAUCAGACACAGUACAAUUGGAUUCAGUCUGUUGUUGUGCAUGAACUCAAUAUUUGCAUUUCCAAAGCAAACUGGAUGUCCAGUUCUGACACAGUAUUAGUUACGAUACACAGUAUAUAUCUUAUACUAAAUCUCACUAAUGAUCUUAAUGUAGUGUAGUGGUAUCUUUGUAGUUUGUUCACUCAAAAGGAACAAAUGUUGAGCUGAAGACUAUUUUAAAUUCGAGUCCUCGGAACCAGCUGACCGUAGAAACACUGGCUUGCUUGACACCAGUAGUAUUUAAACAUGUUUUAAACUGUGAUGCGUUAAAAAAAAAACUGUAUUUUUUGACACUACGGUUCAGUCGACUUGCUGCCUGACUGUUCUUCCCGUUAGAGUUUUGCCAUUUCACUCAUGUAUGUUUGUACGCCGCGCACAUUUUGUCCACGGUCAAGAAACCAGUAAUAAUAUUUCUACUAAAUAAGAUUGACUCUUAUCUCUCUGUACAUAUGUUGUUUCAUGAUGAAACUCACAUUUUUUAUCUUUUCCAUGGAAGCCUUUUGGAAUAACAGUUUGGUUUUUAUUACUCAGUUCCUGUUUUACUCAUUUCUUCCAGACGAUGGCGGUAUGAAUCUGUAUUUAAAUAACUUAUUUAUUUAAUGUUGAUUUUCAUUAUACCAGAUCUUCUUUGCCAGUAUGGCUGAUUACAGUUUUGAUAUAUUAUCAAAUACCUGGUAGGACUAUCAUUUAAUCAUUCUCAUAGAGGUAGUUUACAAUUUUAGUUUUAUCAACCUAUACAGAUUUCUGCACUGAUAAAAGAGUUUAUUGAAAAAUAAGCUCCUGAGUUUGGUCACCUGCAUAGCGAUUACUGCAAUAAAAGAGACGGUAUGAAUGCCAUUUAUUUUAUUGGCACUUUACAGCAUGUUAUAAAAGGAAAUGUUUGAUUUGUUUUUUUCCCUGUUGUCCUUUUAACUGCUUCACUUUGACACUUGUAUGACUUCUUUUAUAAAUAAAAACUCAAAAGUUGAAUGA